CGUCACGCCCAGACGAGCCAAUGGGCGCGCGGCGCCGCGGUGGCGCGUCGCUGGGGUGGUGUUGCGCGUCCGCGGCCUCCGCGCUGUCAAAACCCCGACUCCAAAGCGCACGCCCGGCACUACCUUCGCCGUCGGGCCGCGGAGCUGUUCGCUGCUUCGCUCUCUCUCUCUCACCCUCACCUCUCGCUGGCUGCUGACGCGCUCGCCCGGAGGAGUUUUCCCGCCGUCACUGAAAGGAGCGAGGCUCGGGCGAUGGCUCUGAUCAUGGACAAGGAGACGCACGAGGAGGAGGAGGAGGAGGCGCGCGUCAUGUGGAAGCCGGACCCGAAGCGCGCGCCCACGCACAUGGACCGAUUCCGCGCCGUCGUGCAGGACACCACGGGCACGCGCCUGGCCAAUUACGCCGAGCUGCACCAGUGGUCGGUGGAGAAUUACGCUGAAUUCUGGGGGGUGUUCUGGAAGUUCAGCGGCAUGGUGCAUUCUGUGCCGUAUGACGAGGUGGUGGACACGAGCAAGACGAUCGCCGACGUGCCCGAGUGGUUCCGCGGGAGCCGCCUCAACUUUGCCGAGAACCUUCUGCAUCGCGGGGACGCGGAGAAGGUGGCGCUCUACGCCGCAGUGGAGGGGGGUGAGGAAGUGAGCAAGGUGACGUUCGGCGAGCUGCGGAGCGACGUGGCGCUCUACGCCGCUGCCAUGCGCAAACUCGGCAUCGGGAAGGGCGACCGCGUGGCCGGAUACCUCCCUAACUGCGUGGUGGCCGUGGAGGCGAUGCUGGCCGCUUCGAGCAUCGGCGCCAUCUGGAGCGCCACGUCCCCAGACUUUGGCACCAACGGAGUCCUGGACCGGUUCUCGCAAAUCCAGCCCAAGGUCAUCUUCUCGGUCGAGGCCGUGGUCUACAACGGCAAGACGCACGACCACAUGGGCAAGCUGCUGUCCGUGGUGCGAGGCUUGCCGGACUUGGAGAGAGUCGUCGUGGUCCCUUAUGUGGGAACCAGGGACAACAUCGACCUCUCCAGCAUCCCUAACAGCAUGUUCCUGGAGGAGUUCCUGGGCUUGGGUCGCCCCGCCGGGGGCCCAGAGCCGCAGCUGGAGUUCGAGCAGCUCCCGUUCAACCACCCGCUCGUCAUCAUGUACUCGUCGGGCACUACGGGGGCGCCCAAGUGCAUGGUGCACUCCGCAGGGGGAACGCUCAUCAAGCACCUGCAGGAACACAUCCUGGCCGGGGACAUGUCCAGUGAUGACACCAUCAUCUACUACACCACGGCGGGGUGGAUGAUGUGGAACUGGCUGGUGACGUCGCUGGCGGUGGGAGCCAGCGUGGUUCUGUACGACGGCUCGCCUCUCAUCCCCACGCCCACCAUCCUCUUCGACCUCAUCGAUAAGCUGGGGAUCACCAUUUUUGGCACAGGUGCCAAACUGCUGUCACUUUUAGAGGACAAAGGUCUCAAGCCUGCGGAGACGCACAGCCUGGCGAGCCUGCACACCAUCUUGUCGACGGGCUCGCCGCUCAAACCACAGAGCUAUGACUACGUCUACACGCACAUCAAGCGGGACGUGCUGCUCGGCUCCAUCUCUGGAGGCACCGACAUCAUCUCGUGCUUCAUGGGGCAGAAUGUGACGCUCCCCGUGCACCGUGGGGAAAUCCAGGCGUGCCACCUCGGCAUGCCCGUGCAGAGCUGGAACGAGCAAGGCGAGCAGGUGUUUGGGCAGAGCGGCGAGCUGGUGUGUACCAAGCCCAUCCCGUGCCAGCCCACGCACUUCUGGAACGACCCAGACAACAAGAAGUACCACAAGGCCUACUUCGCCAAAUUCCCCGGGAUCUGGGCCCAUGGAGACUACUGCAAGAUCAACCCCAAAACGGGGGGCAUCAUCAUGCUUGGCCGGAGUGACGGAACCCUGAACCCAAACGGAGUUCGCUUCGGAAGCUCGGAGAUCUACAACAUAGUGGAGGCGUUUGAGGAGGUGGCGGACAGCGUCUGCGUGCCGCAGUACGGCAGCGGGGGCGACGAGCGCGUCGUGCUCUUCCUCAAGAUGGCGCCGGGCCGCGGCCUCACGCAGGAGCUGGACAAGCGACUCCGCGACGCCAUCCGCACCGCGCUGUCGGCGCGCCACGUGCCGGCGCUCAUCCUGGAGACCAAGGACAUCCCGUACACCAUCAACGGCAAGAAGGUGGAGGUGGCGGUAAAGCAGGUCAUCGCCGGCAAGGAGGUGGUGCAGCUGGGUUCGUUGUCGAACCCCGGGGCCUUGGAGCUCUACCGCAACCUGCCAGAGCUGCAGGGGUACUGAGCGCCCCCUAGCCCCCGCGGUCAUCGCCAACCCGGACCCCCUCCGCGUGCCGGGGUCAACGCCGGGGGUCGGCUUGAAGGAGCCGGGCUGUGCCGAUCUUAGUUGAGUGAUCGAUUACGGUGACCGAAUCUGGCGGUUCGGUUGUUCACUCGACUCAGUCGAAUAGCGCACUAAAUAUUUAUCAGGGGGGAGGGGUUUGGGGAAAAAAGUCUCAACUUUGCCCUUCGCCCCAAACCAUCCCCCACCCCGACAUGUGUCGCUGGACGGGAGGUGCAGUGCAUGGCUUGGCUCAGUGGCCGUAGUCAGCCGGGUCGUGGCUAGUCAGUGGGGGGGGGGGGGGGGGGGGUGUUUCCCACCUUCGGGGGCCAAAUUUCGGGGUCGAAAAAAAGCAGCCGAUUAUAACUGUAAGUGGAGUCGGUGGGCCCCGCUGUAAUUAUCUUGAGUCUACCAUGGGACAUUUUUAGUUUUUAAGAAAAGCUCAGCCCAAAAGGAAAAAAAUGACUUAAGACCGUAUUCUCUAGAUUAUAAGCACGUUCUGCUACGUACGGUGCAAAAUAAGUUCAGCAUACAUACAUACAUAAGACGCUUCAGAAAGUAAGAUGGCCCCUCAAACUUCUGCCCAUUGGCAAUAAAGUUCUACAAAUAUGGUCUCGAGCACACAAACGCACACAGCUACCCCCAACUUUGCUUUAAUAUACAGGGAUGUGGGGGGGAGUUCGUGUGCCUUAUAAUCCAAAGAAUACGGUCAUUCUUUGUCCUGUGUAUACAACUAUUCAACUAUUGCUAUUUUUCUUCUUGGUUCUUUCGGUAAAGUAAUGUUUUAUUUUUAUUAUUUUAUUUCCAUUCUACGUGGUGACUUUAUCCGAAAGAACCAAGAAGAUGAAUCCCUGCAGUCACGAAAGCUUUAAAUCGAAAUAUUAUUAUUUUACCAAGUAAGGCCCCCUAGGUAGGUAUGACACCUAACCGGGCUGCGUGUACCGCGCUGCCCUGCCACAGGUUUCUCCCCCAGUGUCUAUUGUUUACACACUGAACCCGGUGCUCUUGUAAAGACCGAGACAAUCUCGAGAGAGGCCCGUAACGAGACCGGAUAUCGCCUCUCGCCGCUGUCGUUAGCUGGGUCCAGGAACCGAACCCCAGGAUGUCAGAUGUGUUUUUCGCCACAGCCCCUACGUUUUAAUGAAUUCAAAUAAUCAACGCAGCCUGGGUGUGGGGUGGCUACAAGAUAAGAGCUGCGGCUGCGUGUGUGUGUUUUAUUUUUUAGGCCAAAUCUACACUUUACCCAAAAAAAAUAAGGAGAGUAAACUCUGAACGCUAGUUCGGGAAGGUGAAUUGGCGGUGGUGCGUGUGGUGUGGGUGGGCCCGCUAUGCGGCUAAACAUUGGUGGUUUGGUUUGUUGUCCUCCCUCACCUCCGUUGAGCAACGGUUGGCUACGUACGGUGCGAAGUAAGUUCAGGCAUACUGUUGAACAUUCAUACAUACGGUUGAUGCUGUGGUUGUAAUAAUGAGCUGCUGUGCAGGGCGGUGGAGCGCUCAUGUUGCAAGUGAGCUCCUAGCGCGCAACUCGGCUUACCUGGGAGCUUGCAUGUACGCCUUAACACGCGUACAGCCCUUUUGUCGAUCCACUUCUGGACGAGGGCCUCCAGACACUGUGCGGGUUGUGAGGGGGUUGACCGUAUUGUGCGACACACGCCCCAAAAACCUGCACCUGGUGUGGAUAGAGUUAUACAUAUCUGCCCACCCACACACACAGAAUAACACCUACCGGAUACCAACACGCAUGCAGGCCAACAUCUUGCGUGUCACCCCCAACAUCGUUGAUUUUAAAUACAAACGGCGGACGUCCCCGAGGGGCACGUGACCAUACUUCACUACACUUGUCAGUGGGGCUUGAAGAGCCGGUGCGGGGUGGGGGGGGGGUCAGCGUAGAAGUGGACGGGGCUUGAGAGGAGAGGUGCCGGGUUAACAAGUCGUGGCGGGUCGCCGAAUCGGCAUUGUACGCAGAGCGCCGGUCAGUCGCACAGAGGCCCUAUCCGUCGGCAGUGGCGUGUGCAGUCACACAAUGACACAGCCACUGACCGCUGCACUGCCCUCUGCCGCGCAUGACCUCCCACGACUACCACCCCUCAUCCUACCACCCCUCAUCGGGGUGGUAGGAUGAGGGGUGGUAGGGGCGCCACAUUCGGAGCAACGUUUCAAUAUCUACCCUCAACUUUUAAAGAGACACUCAAAAGACCUUUCUCCCCCAGCCCUGUUUCUUAACCACUCCACAAUUAUUCCGCCUGGCUUUUGUGCAACCCCAAGUCCCUAAGUGUGGCUCCACACCUCAAGAGUCACGAUCAGUUACAUGCGGCGUCUGUGAAAUAUUGUGCACAUUUCAAGUUUCAUUUUUAUUAUUUUAAACAUUAUGGGCGGGGCAGAAAACAAUGAAAAACCGAAGGCUAUUAACCCCACGCGAUUCGAUGCGUGUUUCGUGAGCUGAAAAUCGAUUGCCUCGUUACACGACGUUCCAUGCAGUCCACCGCCGACUGGUCUAAUGUUUAUAUAAACGUUCGGCAAUUACCUUCGGGCCGCUGAAUGUUAAGAGUAAACUUCCUCUUCUUCUUUCGUAUGGCCGAUGUAGAUGCGGUGCAACAACUACGAUUUCACAUUCGGGUGGUUUGAGGAUAACUAACCAUUGUACCAGUGGGCAGUGGCUUGGACUCAGGUACAAGGCAUUUACAUACGGAUCGAUUCAAUCGUUGUUCCACCUGCUUGGCCCGAGCCCAGCCGAUGCGCACACGCACACCCGGACUACCUCGCUACUCUCGACUUGCUCGCUCGCUCGUUCUCCCUGGCGGGGUGUGGGGGGGGGGGAGGUUAGCUGGAGAGACAUUUUAAACAACAUUCACAAAAAUACCCAACGAUUUAUUCCCUUUGUAGAAAGUUGUAAAUGUUGUUUGAACGUCAGGGCGAGCAAUUCUCAAGCCCCCACCCCCCCGCCUGUGAGCGAUGAGAGAAUGAACGUCACGUGGCAUGCUCACUACAGUACCCUGGGCAGGCUGUGGACUAAUACGAGUCGUGGUUCUCACAAUCACACAGGGAGAUACUUUUUUUUUUAAUAUAUAAAGAUUGUGGGGGGGGGGGGGGGGGGAAUCAAAUUGUGUAUAUAGUUUAACUAGAACUCUGUUGUAAAUGUUUAGGUAAAGAUGCAGGCCACGGUGGCGAGAUGUUAACUACCUCGCCUGGUAUGCAGGAGGUCGUGCGUGGGUUCGAUCCCGACCCUGACACCUGCUGUAUAUUUGGAGUUCUCUCUCGCCGUGGUCGUGCGGAUUUUUCUCUGGGGCCUCCGGUUUUUUUCCUGCACAUUCAGAAACGGACUCUUCAGUAUCGUCAGGAGGGUCCCUGCUACAUUGUGGACGUUCAGCGUCACUUCCGCUGGUGAGAAUCUGGCUUCGCAUGGGGAGGAACCCGCCGAGAACCUGGGGAUACCCAGCACGGCACCAGGCACGUUUCCUGCAGCUUGGCUCACAAGUAUCAAGCGAGGCUUACAAUCCCUGUUCAAAGUGUUUUUUAUUAUAUAUUUUUAUUUUGAGUGAGGGGGGGGGGGUUGGAAUUCGGACUGUGCGGGCCUAAAAAACUACGUUUUUAUCCUACCAGGUAAGAUCCACUGAGCUCUAUAGCUCUUUCAGAAGCGACCUGGCUAUAAAUGAUGGCUCAGUGAAGUUGCUUAUCAUCAUCGCAGUUGCAGCCAAUUACUCUGUGGCCACCCCUUGCCCUCCGUAAUGCCACCUACACCCAUGGAGUAUUAAGUCGGAAGGUUUUGCGGUGGUGCCAGUCGGUUGUAUUAUCCACAGUCGUGUAUUCUUGUCUUCUCAUUUCCCUGGGCUUGGCCUUCCACGAAGCUCAUGGUCCGCCCCAAACCGCAUCCACCGCACAAACCAUGGCAGUAGAUGGGGAUACACCGGAUGCACAGGUAAUGGAAACUUAAAAACCCACCAGCAGUGUGCGACUCUGGUCAUCCAAGACAGAGAACUCACAACACCGCAAUGCCCCCAUCCGCAAAUACGAAGGAGGCAUCGCGGCGAGACAUCUCCGCUGCUGCUCUUGAUUAUCUGGCUUCGCCGGCUCGAAUGUAAAAUUGAUGUUGUUGUUGUUGCGCUGCAUCAACAUCGUCGGCCAUACGGAGGAAGAAGGUGAAGGUGAAGAUUUCACCCACUGGGGAUUUUCGCGGUGGUCCCAGGAGUCCACGCCUGGAACCCUACCCCCACACCCCCCUACACCCUCCUACCCCCACACCCCCACGACCCCCAUCAAUUGUCGCUGUUCCGCUGUAAAUGCAGAGGGUGGGCGGUGGGGGAGGGGGAGAUCUCAUGUUUUAUUUGCUGAUUUAACAUUGUCGUCGUGGUUUUAGGACUUGUCAUAAAUUAUAUAUAUAAAGUUUUAUCAUAUCUUUACUUUCAUGUUUUGUUAUUUUGUUUAUUUUUUUGCAAAACGUGCGACGCCCUGUCUGGUUUUAGAUACCAGGGUACGAGACCUCCGUGGAGUAGAACACCUGUGUGGUCCCUGGUGCCCCCUGUUUUUCUUAUCAAGACGUUAUCUUCUGUGUUUAUUUUGGUGCGUUGACGACUAUCACUCUUAAGUUCCUGGCCACUGUUCGGCAAUGGAGGUUGCAUGCAAGUUUAAUGAGUGCAUUCGGUGAUGUGACAAACGAUUACUUAUCCUCAUCCAUUAACCGUACCCCUACUUCUAACGGUUGGAUACGUACGGUGCGAAAGAAGUUCAACGUACAUAGAGCGGGGGGGGAGGGAGAUUGGUGGUUGGCAGGUUGUGACCAUCAGAACGUGCAAUAGCGAUGGACUAAUCACAGCGGUCAGAGGCACUGAGCCCGGCACCGCUGAGACCCUGGGUUCGAUCCCAGUCUUUUCAGCCGCCCUCGAUUGAAACCAGAUUCUCAAGGGGUGGCGAGUUUAUGGUUUAGGCCCGGGUAACCAAAGACUGCGAACAUCGAAAAGCCAUCGCGUUUAAAAUCUGAUUUCCACUUAAAACAUGAAAACAAAAACAUCCAUUGCGGAUGAGAAUGUUCCACAACAUAUCUCGGUUUCAGUGUCGGGCAAGGGAACAUUUAUCUCUUUUCACGCGGGACAAUGCAGCAUCCCUCCAGAGUGUGGAUGAGAGAGGUCACUCCGAAUGGCUCUCAAAAGUAGUUCUGUGAUAGCUGCUUCCGCGGUUUAUUCUCUGAACACGGGAGGUGGGGGGAGGGGUGGUUAUGGGACUUCUUACUGCGACUUUUCACGCAAUUCGAAUUUGGGAGGUGGGGGGGGGUGACGUGAACCACAUAAUUAAAUAAACAAAACUCUCCUGCCCUUUGUAAGUCCACUGCUGGAUGAGGACGUCCCCCCCCCCCCCCAAAGUGGCACGGUGGAGGGGAGUGGGUGAACCAUAUUUCACCACCACGCCGGUCGGUGCACGGGUUGGUGGUGGUGUAGUUUGGCAAAGGUGGACGCGAUCGAUGUUUCCGCGAUGCCCCACCCUGUGCCACCCGUACAGUCGCCCCGCACGGCAGCCUGUAACACCUGUUACGCAUUGUCUCACGUGUCACAGACGAUGAGGACGACAGCAGACAGCCUCGGCGUGUUUGUAGCGGUUACGAGUUUGUAGUGGCGAGCAGCUCCCAGUGUAAGAACAACAACUUCUAUCGUGGCCGCGACGUGAAUGUAAGCGGCUAAUUAACAGUAGCAACGUGUCGCGACUUGCAACCCCAAAGGGCGCCGGUCCGAUCUCUCGGCGCGGCACUUGAACGGGUCGCCACGUUUCUUAAAUCCACCCCCACUUUGCCGGCCUCUGACCGCCCAGCAGUGUAGAUGGGCAACACCACAAGUUUGGCGUCGCGUGGUGGGGUAAAGUGUGGGUAUGUCCGCCUUUUUUUCCCACUAACGGUGACGGUGAAUAUAUGCACCGGUCCUGGGCCUCCCCUAGGUUGGGUCGACCUUAAAUAAGUACCGAUGAGAUGUGUGUCUGUGUGUGUGUAAAACAUCAGAACUGGGGAGAUGGGCGGCCCAGCUUCAGUAGGUUGCUCACUAUGACAGCACUUGCCCCAUCAGUCUGCACGGCUAUACGGGGGACCUUUGUCAUAAAGUGUCCGUCAACGGCACUUGUUCCGGCAAGUCUAUACGGGGUUGGGUUGGGGGGGGUCUUUGUCCCUGGAAGUGGUGUUAAGUUACUAAAAUAAGUGCUGUUCAAGGUGCGCAACAUUUCGCCGCUUCGCAGAUCAAUAGAAUGCAGAUCGUUAUGAAUCAUAUAUAUAGUCUUGGCUGCGAUCACCCACGCGUUAAUCCAUCCAGAGUGUGUUCACGUCCGCGCAGUAUGCCGCCAGGGAGUAUAAUCUCUUUAUAGACUGUAUUGUGAAGAUAAGUACCGUACGUGAAGCUAUCGCCUGCGCUGAAACAACCCCUCUCUCCGUGUUUGUUUUGAUGAAAUCGGCUCCGCUCGUCGCUAAGACAAUGUGACCCCCCCCCACCCACCCACACAUAUCCACCCACCCACUAUACCUCGCCUCGUCCUGUGUAUUGUUAUAUUAACAAUAGUGUGAUCGGAUGUAUUAUCCAUAAUAACGUGAUCGCCGUAAUAAAUGGGUGCGUGCUCUGUUA